AGCCGAGCGCGCGCCACAAAAGCCUUUUUAUCUGCUCCUGUUCGGCUCCGCACAGAAUGAAUUGUUCCUCCUCCCAAAAGGUCAUCCAUGGACUCCGCUGGUUCCACUGAAUCCACUUCAAGUGGUGCGCGGGGCCAGCCCGCAGGGGAAAAACCAGGAGCGGAGCCGCUGCGUAAAGUGGUCGCUCAUCCGCCGACAACGGUGAUGGUGAAAGAGGCCCUCACGGCUCUGGACCCUCGCAAAGGAGCCUCCUCUCACGCCAUCCAGAGCUACAUCAAACAGUCGUACCCCUCCGUGGACGUGCUGAAGCUGAAGCACUUGGUGCGCAACGCGCUGAAGAAGGGGCUGGAAAACGGCACCCUGGUGAGGCCAGGCAACGCCGCCACCACCACCACAGGCGCGCAGGGGAAAUUUAAACUGGCUCCAAAAGUCAAGGCGCUAAAGCCGAAAGGGGAAAAUGCGGAUCCAAAUGCGCAGAAAGCGGAAAAGGCUCCAAAGGAUGGAACGAAGACUAAAAAACCAGGGGCCACUGCCAAGACCUCUGCAAACGAGGAGAAAAAGGCAUCAAAGGAAGUGAAGCCUCCCAAAAAGCCCAAGAAAGAUGAAAACGUCCCUCCAAAAGCUGCCACAGCAAAGAAGCCGAAAGCCAAGAAGGCAGACUCCAAAGAGCCUGAAGGAAGCUCCACUUCAAAUAAAACUGAAGCGGUAAAACCAACCAAAAGGACAACAAAAGUAUCCCAGGAAGCUGCCAAGGCUGACGGUGAGGCCCCCGCCCCUAGGAGAACUGGAAAAAGAGGGAAGAAAGAAUGAGAUUUAAAAAAAGCCUUAUUUGUCAGUAAGGGUUUUUGAGUUCAGAUUCCUUUUUAGUUCUCAGAGCAUUUACAUUUUUUGUGCAUACAUUUGAAUACUUUUAAAUUGGUUUAAACUGUUUUUGUGAAUUUCUCUACAAUAAAAUCUUAAGUGUGA